AUGUCACGAAAACGAACUAUUUCAUCAACAUCAAAUAAACCAUCGUAUCUUAAUUUUGAUCAUGAAUCAUAUGGUUGGAAAGCAAAUAUUGAUUAUCGUGAACAUCCUGAACUCUAUCGAAUAGGUCGUGGUGAACAAGGUGUUUUAAUUUGUCAACCAUAUAAAAAUGAAAUAUGUCCACAUUGGCGUUUUAAAACUAUUGAACAAGCUAUUCAAUCAUCAGAUAAAAUUUAUGAACUUUUUUUAAAUUAUCUUCAUCAAAAUGAUUUUGUUGGAGCUGAUAUGGCUCGAAAAUAUCUACAAAUGGGCUUUACUCGGUCAAGACGUUAUGCUAAUCAUACUAGUGGAAGAAAAUAUGAUAAAAAAACUUUUGAUAUAUUACCACAAGAAGAAACUCAUAUGAACAAUGAAAAAGCUCAAUCAGCAAAUAUUUUUAAAGAAAAAUGGUUUGAAGCGAAAAAUAAUGAAUUAUAUAAAGAAAUGGCUAAUAAACAUCGAACUAUGUACGAAAAAAAUCAACAAGAAACUCAACGAAAGAUUAAUAAUAAAAAAUAG